CGCCCACACGCGCGCCAUGAUUCGGCACGGCAAGCUCUGUCAAGCGUCGGUCAAGGUCUUUCGACGGAGUCUCAUCAACCGGUUUGGCCACUGGCGUGUCGUGACGCAGCGCACCAAAGACAUUCGUGGCCGCUUCGCCAACGUCUGCGUCCGGCGGCAGCGCGAGUUGUUUGGUGUUUGGGCCGCGUAUGUGGCGUUUGCCCAUCGCACGACCGCCUAUGCGCGUCAACUCCAAGCGUGGCUCCGCCGCUGUCUCGUGCGAGCUCGGUUUCGAAAGCGGCAGCACGCCGGUGCGACGAUCCAACUAUGCGCGAGUGUCACAUGCGCAUGA